GUAUAUAUAGGGGUGCCCCAGCACGAUGAGUCGCAGUUCUACCGUAAACGUUCUUAGGUGAAGCUGAAAAAAAAUGUUACGAUUAAUCGUCCUCGGUGCAUUGGCGACACUCGCCGCAGCUCAAUUUCAGCCCCAGCCCUCAGGCAGAAUUCUAGAGCCUCCGAUUCCACCACUGUGCGCCCAAAGAACCAUCCACGAACGCUUCAACGGCAAGGGUUACUACUACUCCUGGGCGGAUCCAAGGACCGUAGGUCAAGAAAUCGACUGGAUCUCAGGCAGAAACUUCUGCAGAAAGCGGUGCAUGGACCUCGUCUCCCUCGAGACCUCCGCCGAGAACGAAUUCAUCAAGAGUCGUCUCGUUCAAAACAACGUCAAGUACAUCUGGACGUCCGGACGUCUCUGCGACUUCAAGGGAUGCGACAGACCCGAUCUGCAGCCCCUCAACAUCAACGGAUGGUUCUGGACAGCUGAACUACAGAAACUCGCCCCUACAACUGAUCGUAACCAAAACGAUUGGUCGGAGAGCGGUGGCAUUGGCAAACCCCAGCCUGAUAACCGCGAGGCUAUUCAGGGAGGAGCACCUGAGAAUUGUCUGGCUGUUCUCAAUCAGUUCUAUAAUGACGGCGUCAACUGGCAUGAUGUCGCCUGCCACCACAAGAAACCGUGGGUCUGCGAGGAAAACGACUCUCUACUCAAAUACGUUCGCUUCACCAAUCCAAAUAUUCGUGUUUAA